AUGCAAGGCACGUCGAACCACCGCUCUCGCGGUUCCGACGACUACGGGAUCUACGAUGAUGCGAAGACGUACUAUGCGUCCGAGGAGCGACACAGCAACCGCUAUGGCGUUCGAACUCGAACCUACUCCCAGAACAGCUUGGUGAAGCAGCUGGAGAGAAUGGGAGCCACGGAGCCAUUCCGGCGCGGGAGCCACGAUGAGACCACCAUGGAUCAAGGUCGCCGGUUCCUCGUCAAUGUGGAUGCCACCUUGGAAAUCCUGAAGAACCAAGAGGACACGGAUGGAAACAUGCAAAUUACGAUUGAGGAUAACGGCCCCAAGGUCAUUUCCCUUAGAACGGCUGCCUCGGCUGGCCACAACCGCUUCGAGGUCCGAGGGACGUACAUGCUGUCGAACCUACUGCAGGAGUUGACGUUAGCCAAAGAGUACGGCCGGAAGCAGAUCAUCCUUGAUGAAGGCCGCUUGAACGAGAACCCUGUGGACCGCUUGUCCCGCUUGAUCCGCGACCAUUUCUGGGAUGGUCUGACGAGGCGAAUCGACGCAUCUAGCAUUGAGGUCGCUGCUCGUGACCCCAAGGACUGGACAGACGACCCUCGCCCGAGAAUUUACGUGCCUCUCGGAGCGCCCGAGCAGUACGAGUACUAUCAGAAGGUCGCUGCCGACAGGCCAGAGCUCCGCCUCGACGUCCAGCAGCUUCCGGAGAAUAUCACGGUCGAACUGAUCCGAGACCUGAACGAUAAGCCUGGUCUGCUGGCCGUGGCCGUGGAGAAGGUGGAGGAGGAUGACGGCAAAGGUAACAAGACGACCACCCUGAAGGGCCUUCCCUUUGUCGUUCCUGGCGGCCGUUUCAACGAACUCUAUGGUUGGGACAGCUACAUGGAGUCCCUCGGCUUGCUCAUCCAUGAGAGGGUUGACCUGGCCAAAUCCAUGGUGCUCAACUUUUGCUUCUGCAUUGAGCACUAUGGCAAGAUUCUCAACGCCACUCGGUCUUACUAUCUUGCCCGAUCUCAGCCCCCCUUCCUGACAGACAUGGCGCUUCGAGUGUACGAAAAGAUCAAGCAUGAGCCGGAUUCCAAGGAGUUCUUGAGACGAGCAAUUCUCGCGGCCAUCAAAGAGUACCACAGCGUCUGGACCAGCGAGCCUCGAUUGGACCCGGUGACGGGACUUUCAAGAUACCGACCCGACGGUCUAGGAGUACCCCCGGAAACGGAAGCCACGCACUUCGUCCACAUCUUGGAGCCCUACAUCAAGAAGCACAAUAUGGGGUUCAAGGAAUUCGUUCGUGCCUACAACUAUGGUGAGAUCAAGGAGCCCGAGCUCGACGAAUACUUCUUGCAUGACCGUGCAGUCCGCGAAUCCGGCCACGACACGUCCUACCGCCUCGAGGGUGUCUGUGCCAAUCUCGCCACGAUCGACCUCAACUCUCUCCUCUUCAAGUACGAGACCGACAUUGGACGAACCAUCCGAAGCCUCUUUGGCGACAAGCUGGUCAUCCCAGCCGAGUUCUGCGCGGGCACCCCCUAUCAGCCCGGCGAGUCCGUGUCUUCGGCGGUCUGGGAUCGGCGUGCCAAGCGGAGAAAGCUGACAAUGGACAAGCUGAUGUGGAACGAGGAAGAGGGCAUGUUCUUUGACUAUGACACGGUCAAGAAGCAGAGGUGCACCUAUGAGUCUGCCACGACUUUCUGGGCGCUCUGGGCUGGGUUGGCUACGCCCAAGCAGGCUGCCGAUAUGGUAAAGAAGGGCCUGCCUAAGCUCGAGAUGUUCGGAGGUCUGGUAGCUGGAACGGAAAAGUCUCGAGGCGAGCUUGGGCUGGAACGCCCCAACCGGCAAUGGGAUUACCCCUAUGGCUGGGCGCCUCAGCAGAUGCUGGCCUGGACCGGCCUGCUCCGUUACAGCUUCACCGAGGAAGCCGAACGCCUCGCCUACAAGUGGCUCUUCAUGAUCACCAAGGCCUUUGUCGACUUCAACGGAGUAGUGGUGGAGAAGUACGACGUCACGCGGCCCAUCGAUCCUCACCGUGUCGAUGCCGAGUAUGGAAACCAAGGCCUUGAUUUCAAGGGCGUCGCGAAAGAAGGGUUUGGGUGGGUCAAUGCCAGUUACGUCUAUGGUCUCCAGAUUGUGAACGCGCACAUGCGACGAGCGCUGGGAACACUUACCCCGUACGAAACGUUUGUCAAGGCCAUUGAGCUGAACAAUGAACGGGCCAUGGCCAAUCUGACCCUGUGA